UUAAAAAAAUUACUGACAAGUAAAAAUAAAAGUUUUGUUCUUUGUUAAAUAAAAAUAUGAAAUUUGUAAAAAUUUAUAAAUAAUUAAUGAGUGAAACUUAAAAAUAUUUUCAAUGAACGACCGGUAAAUAAACACACCCUAGUCUAGUAAAAAAAAAAAAAUUCUAUCGCGAAUAAUAACGCACUCGUCAAGUAUGUGGUUCAUUACUGGUGCCGGUUGUAUUUUUUAGGUUAAAUAUUUACUUUAUGUAAAAAAUAAUAAUAAAUAUAUAAAUGAUAUAUUUAUAGUUAAUAAAAAGUGUUAUUAAAAAUGGACAAUAGAGUGAAAUUAUAUAAUCCAGAUGACGAAGAUGAAGAAAUAAAUAAUGAAAUAUUUGGUGACAUUAAUCCAGUAACUUGGCUUAAUGAUUAUGAAGAUGAUGAUAAUGUUAAUUAUGAUCCUGAUGAUAUAAAUAAUUUUUUUCAUAGAGUUGAUUCUGAUCAAAUAAUAUAUGCUGAAAAAAAAAAACGAUGUAAAUUAAUUGGUAAAUAUGUAAUGGGUGAUUUACUUGGCGAAGGGAGUUAUGGUAAAGUUAAGGAGGUACUUGAUUCCGAGACGUUAUUUAGACGAGCUGUCAAAAUAUUAAAGAAAAGAAAAUUAAGGAGGAUACCUAAUGGUGAACUAAAUGUACAAAGAGAGAUACAAUUAUUAAAGAGACUUAAACAUAAAAAUGUUAUUGAAUUAAUUGAUGUAUUAUACAAUGAAGAAAAAGAAAAAAUGUAUUUAGUUAUGGAAUUUUGUGUUUGUGGACUGCAGGAUAUGUUAGAAAGUACUGCUAAUAAAAGGUUUCCCAUAUGGCAAGCCCAUGGAUACUUUACGCAGCUAGUCGAUGGAUUAGAAUAUCUUCAUAGCAAACGAAUAAUCCAUAAAGAUAUUAAACCAGGGAAUUUGUUAUUAAGUCUCGAUGGAACUUUAAAAAUUAGUGACUUUGGUGUUGCGGAGGCUUUUGAUAUCUUUGCUGAAGAUGAUACUUGCACAAUGGGUCAGGGUACACCAGCAUUUCAACCUCCUGAAAUAGCUAAUGGAUGUGAGUCAUUUGCUGGUUUUAAAGUCGAUAUAUGGAGUUGUGGUGUUACUUUGUAUAAUAUAACAACUGGAAUUUAUCCAUUUGAAGGUGAUAAUAUUUAUAAACUUUAUGAAAAUAUUGGUAAAGGUGAAUAUACAAUACCAAAAGAUGUGGAGAAUAGUUUGACAACGUUAUUAGAAGGCAUGUUACAAAAAGAACCAGAUAAAAGGUUUACAUUACAAGAGAUAAGACGUCAUCCGUGGACUCUUUGUCGACCAGAACGAACAACUGAUCAAGUACAAAUACCACCAAUUAAAGGCAAUACAGGACAUAAGAUGACUGUGUUGCCAUAUUUAAUGGAUUAUUAUUAUGGUGGUGAUGAGGAACCCAUGUAUUAUACAGCUAGACAACUUAGUGAGGAAAGAAGACUUGAGGAAUUAGAUGGAGGUAGUAGUGAUCAAAAGAGUGUAUCUAGCAGCGGUAAUAUUAAUAAAUUAACACCUAGUAACAGCAAACGACGUUGGCGUAGACCGAUCUCGAGUAUUAGUGUUAAAAAAUUAACUUCUUGUAAGCCAUCGUGAUUAAAUUUACUUAACAUUUAAUGUUUGUUUAUAAUUAUUAUUAUGCGGUUAAAGUUAAUCGAAUGUUCAUUAAGUUUUAAAUAAAAAGUGUUGAAUACUCUUGACGUUAGAUUAAAAUACUGCCAUAAAAAUAUAUAUUUUUUUUAUUUAUUUAAUUAUUAAUAUAUUUAUGGAUAAUUAUUUAAUAGUAAACAUGUGUACAUUUUUUUUU